UGCGAGUCAGUGUUAACGUCAAAGGUGAGUGGGUUGCGCUGAUGUGCGGUGAAUCCCUCCUCAAGCUGGGACAAGACGCCAUCGCACGUCGUGGUGCCGCACAGGGCAAGUUCAAGCUGAGACGGUGCAUUGACGGUGCCCCGCUGAAUCUGGACGAGCCAAUCAAAAAUGUGCUCCGCAACAACGACUUCGUCGACCUCGUGAUGGAAGGAGACUGCUGGUCAUACCCAACUCUUCCAUUGUUUUCUGCUGCCCAGACAACCUGGAAGGAACCAACACAGUACAUCGCUCUGGAUGGAGAAAGCCUCACCACUGAAGACCUGGUCAGAUUGGGAAAAGGCCUCUUAAAGAUUAAGCUUACUGAAGAGGCUGAAAAGAAAGUGUGCGACUCCAGGGCUGUCAUUGACUUGAUUGUCAAAGAGAACCGAGUUGUAUACGGAAUCAGCACAGGCUUUGGGAAGUUUGCUCAAACUACGGUCUCAAGCGAUCAACUGAAGGAACUUCAGGAUAACCUGGUCAGGUCUCACAGUGCUGGUGUUGGUGCCCCUCUGACUCCUGAAAGGACUCGCAUGCUUAUCGCUCUCAGAAUCAACGUACUGGCCAAAGGCUACAGUGGCAUUUCCAUGGAAACUCUUCAGGGCAUUGUAGUUGCCUUCAAUGCGUCGUGCCUGUCUUGGGUACCUGAGAAGGGUACAGUGGGGGCGUGUGGGGAUCUGGCUCCUCUUGCCCACCUCACGCUGGGGCUGAUGGGAGAAGGACUCAUGUGGUCUCCACAGAGCGGCUGGGCCGACGCCAAAGCUGUGCUGCUAGGCCACGGACUAACACCCAUCAUCCUGAAACCCAAAGAGGGUAUAGCGCUGAUCAACGGGACUCAGAUGAUCUCAUCUCUGGGUUCGGAGGCGUUGGAGAGAGCACAGGCCAUCGCACGUCAAGCUGACAUUGUGGCUGCCCUCACCCUGGAGUCGCUCAAAGGGACCAACAAAGCUUUCGACAAGGAUCUCCACGCUGCGAAGCCUCAGCCCGGUCAGAUGGAGGUGGCCUUCCGGAUGCGCUCUGUACUGCCCUCCGCCCUUCACCCUUCUGAGAUCACAGGUUCAUAUGAUCGUGUUCAGGACGCGUACACACUGCGUUGCUGUCCCCAGGUGCAUGGGAUUGCAAAUGACACCAUUGCCUUCGUGAAGAAGAUCCUGACCACUGAGCUCAACAGUGCUACAGACAACCCGCUGGUGUUUGCUGAGAGGGGAAUCACUAUUUCUGGAGGAAACUUCCAUGGGGAAUACCCAGCAAAGGCCAUGGAUUACCUGGCUAUAGGUGUGCAUGAGUUGGCCUGCAUCAGUGAGCGCCGCAUUGAGAGACUGUGCAACCCCUCCCUCAGUGAGCUGCCUGCAUUCCUGGUUAACGAGGGCGGCCUUAACUCUGGAUUCAUGAUCGCGCACUGUACCGCCGCAGCUCUAGUGUCCGAGAAUAAGGGGCUGUGUCACCCCGCCUCAGUGGACUCUCUGUCCACCAGUGCGGCUACUGAGGACCACGUCUCCAUGGGGGGGUGGGCCGCACGCAAGGCCCUCAGGGUGGUGGAGCACGUGGAGCAGGUGUUGGCCAUUGAGCUGUUAGCUGCCUGCCAGGCCUUGGAGUUCCGCCUCCCUCUGAAGACCACACCCCCCUUGGAGGAGGUGCGCAAGCUGGUCCGCUCUGUGGUCAGGUAA